CCUUGGGUCCAGGAUUACCCAGUUGGAAUUUCAGUCUUCUUGAGGAGCUUGCAAUGUUUAAGCAUCUACCAGUUAUUGAAACCAAUCCCUAGAGAAAUAACUAAGAAGAGCUUGAACUCCUGAAGUUUAGUCUUUCUGAAAAUCCCUGCUAAGAAUGGCUUUAUAUCCCAGAAACCCCUAUCAAGCUGAACCAUCAAGGAAUGAUCAUGAGUCAGAAAAUCUAGAGAUUAAACCCAGCCGAGAACCUGCCAUCCAGGAGGGAGAAGGGAUCUCCAGAUUUCCGAGCACGAGCACGGAGCUGAGCUCAUCUCAAAACAACAGUAACUUGGGUGCAAGGCAGGAACUGCUAAGACUCUACAAGUCAAUUUGCUCAUGGCUGCAGCCAGAAAAACGCAGCAAGGAUGAAAUUAUUUCUUCUUUGGUGCUGGAACAGUUCAUGAUCAGUAGGCACUGCAGUGACAGGUCCACGUUGAAGGAGAAAUGGGAAGCAAGUGGCAGAAACCUGGAGACAUUCGCGGAAAGCCUGAGUGAUGAUUGCAUGAGGCCCCCUGGCUUGGUCCACGUUCACAUGCAGGGACAGGAAGCCCUCUUCUCUGACACUGUGCCCUUAAGAGAAGUCAUUGUUCACUUUAAGAAACAAUUGUCAGCAGGAACCCCAACAGUGGCAAAUGUGGGAACACCCUCCUGGACUGCCCAAGAUGCUUCUCUGCAAAGAGGACAAGGAGAUGAGGAUGAAGAACAUGGUGGCAACAUUUCUUUGAAAGCGAAUGAAGAAAAUGACAAUAUUGCUAGUCAAGGCCAUCAAAUACCUCCCCUGCUCAUUAUCCAGGGAGAGAACUAUCCUGGGCCUGAAGGGGGAGAUGUUUCUUUGGAGAAUCCACACAGCUCCAGAAGAGUGAGUCUAGGCACCUCCAGGUCCCAGGAAGGGUUUCUCAAAGGACGCUGUAAUCAAGAUGUCCUCAUGGAGGUGGGACCAGCGUUUCUCUCCAGGCUGCACCAGGUCACCCCUGAGCCCUAUCCUACCCAUCGUAGCAGUGCGGGAAGCUCCACGUGGGGGGGACACAAAGAAAGAUUCCACAGAACUCAAAGGCUAUACCAAUGUAAGAAGUGUCGCAAGGUCUUUAGGUAUUUCUCUUGGUUAAAAGUCCAUCAGAGAAGACACAGUGAGAAGAUAUUCAUUUGUGCCGUGUGUGACAAACGCUUUGUCCAGGCCUUGGACCUACACAUGCAUCAUAAUAUUCAUGUGGGAGAGAAGCCUUUCAGGUGCGGCACCUGUGCCAAGCCCUUCAGCUACAGAACCAACCUUCUGGCUCAUGAGAGAAUCCACACGGGAGAGAAGCCCUACGUGUGUUCUGUGUGCCAGAGAUGCUUCCGCCAGUCAUCCACCUACCACCGCCACCUGAGGGCGCACCAGAGGUCUGCCCUCAGACGUGUUUCCUCUACACCGGAAGCUUCCUCCAUGUAAUGCGUAUAAAUAUGUCUUCAAGUAUGUAUAUUUCCAUAGUACUUAUCUACUUAGAACAUACUUUAUAACUUCUCGAUCAUAUAUUCCAUUCAUUUUCUACCCCUCUAAAAUGUCAGUUUAAGGGGGGCAAGGAAUUUCUGUUUGGUUCAGCAAAGUGUCUCAGGUGCCUACAACGUGGCGGACACAUUUCUUUUUGUUUGUUUAUUUAUCUUUGGAGAGAGACUAAGGAAAGGAGAGGAAGAGAAGCAUCAGUGUGUGGUUGCCUCUUGAGCACCCCGUACUCGGGUACUGGCCCACAACCCAAGCAUGUGCCCCCAUUGGGAAUCCAACCAGUGACCCUUUGAUCCAUAGGCCAGCGCUCAGUUCACUGAGCGACACCAGCCGGGGCUGG